AUUUUUUUUUUUAAAUUGUGAAAAUAUUAUUAAAAAAUGUUGAUUUGUAAUGAAAUUUCGAAUUGUUCAAUUAUUAAUUUUUAUUAAUUCAUUUGUAACUGAGAAUGUUUCUAUUCAUCAAAUAAUAUUAUUUUUUUUAUUAUGUGUUUUUAACAUCGAUAAUUUAAUUGAACUCUUAAUAAAAAUUAAGCUAAAAUCAAAUUCGAUUGUCAAAAAUGGUAAACACUAUCAGUAAUUUUCAUUCUACCCCUGGAAGUGCUAGUACUGAUAAUGUGAUGCCACCACAUUAUUUACAUGAACUACCAAAUGAAGAUGAAUUGCGUUUAGCAAAACUCUUUGAAUCGUUAGAUCUCGAUAGAAAUGGUAAAAUUGAUAUUCAUGAUCUGUCCAUUGCUUUACAUGAUAAGGAGUAUGCACAAAAAUUCUUAGAAAUGUCUGAUGCUACAAAAUGUGGUUCAAUAACAUUAGCAGAAUUUAUUCAUUAUGUAAAGGAACAUGAAAAAUCAUUAAGGCUCAGUUUCUCAAAUAUUGAUAAAAAUAAGGAUGGUAAAAUUGAUCAAGAAGAAUUAAUUAGAGCCUUUCAGGAAUUAGGAAUUGAGGUUGAUGAUGCUGAAGCUUUAAAACUCCUUAAAAGGAUGGAUACAGAUGGUAGCUUAGAAAUAAGUUUUGAAGAAUGGCGAGAUUUUCUAUUAUAUUGCCCUUUUACUGAUUUACAUGAACUUAUAAAAUAUUGGCGGCACUCAACAUACAUAGAUAUUGGAGAAGAUAUGAAUGUGCCAGAUGAUUUCACUCAAACUGAAAUGAAAACUGGCAUGUGGUGGCGUCAUCUUGUAUCAGGUGGAAUUGCUGGAGCUGUCUCGCGAACAUUUACUGCUCCUUUAGAUAGGCUUAAAGUUUUUCUCCAGGUUUAUGGUAAUCAACAAAGCAAUAUAUCUUCAUGUUUCAAAAAUAUGUUGAAAGAAGGUGGCAUUAGGGGUAUGUGGCGUGGAAAUGGCAUUAAUGUGCUUAAAAUAGCUCCAGAAUCAGCAUUCAAAUUUAUGGCUUAUGAACAAGCCAAACGCUUAAUAAGAGGAUCAAGAACAAAAGACUUAACAAUAUUUGAAAGAUUUUUGGCUGGAUCACUGGCAGGAGGUUUUAGCCAAUCAUUGAUUUAUCCUUUAGAAGUUUUAAAAACAAGAUUAGCUAUUAGGAAAAGUAAUCAAUAUAAGGGUAUAUUUGAUUGUGUUCAAAAAAUGUAUUACCGUGAAGGUAUAAGAAGUUUUUAUAGAGGUUACAUACCCAACUUACUGGGCAUACUUCCAUAUGCUGGAAUUGAUCUUGCUGUUUAUGAGACAUUAAAGAAUAACUACAUUGCUUCACAUAAUGAUGGGGAAAAACCUGGAUUGCCUUUGCUCUUAGCUUGUGGUACAGUGUCUAGCACUUGCGGUCAAGUUUGUUCAUAUCCUCUAGCGCUUGUUCGUACUCGUCUGCAAGCACCACAUUUAGAGGGACCUGAUAGUAGAACAAUGAUGUCUGUUUUUAGAGAAAUUUGGACUAAAGAAGGUAUCAGUGGCUUGUAUCGUGGCAUAACUCCUAACUUUAUGAAAGUUGCACCAGCUGUUAGUAUAAGUUAUGUUGUUUAUGAACGAUGUCGAGAAGGUCUUGGAGUUACCAUGUCAUAAAAUUAUUUAUGAAGUAUUUAAUUUCUUCACUAUCUUUCUAUUACUUCCCUCAAAUAUUUUAACUGAUAUUUAAAAUUUAAACUUUUUUAAAACCUAUGAAUUUCAAUAAUAUUCUUUUAAAGCACUGUUAGAAGUAUUAGGAUAAAGAAGAAAUUUAUUGCCUCAAGUUUGGUUACAUAACAUUAAUGAUGUGUUGUUUUACAAACAACCAUGAUGUGUCAUGUUAUGUUUACCAGUAUUAACAGCCUGCAUAUAUUUUACAUCAAUAUAGUAUUUUAUAAAAUGUACAAUUAGGAAAACAUGAUUGAUUCUCUAUUCAAUUUUCUGGUAUUAUUUAUUUUUUUUACAAUCAUUCCAAUAAAAUGUUUUUCUAAUAAUAAUAAUUUGUUACUAGAUCAAUGUUAUAUGAUUUAUCAAAAUUUGUACCAAAAUCUCUUUAUUUAGUCAAAUUAAUUAGUUUUGUCCAAACAUUUUGUUUCUUUACUGUUCAUGAAAAUAUCUAACAUUUUUAAUUA